UUCUUGCUUGGUUCCUGAUGCGGAAUGGGUGAAAUUUUUUUGUUGGGUUUUUAGGGUUACUGUUUUUUUUUUCUCUGAACUUCAACCAGAGAUUCUCUGGUUGAAGGGUCCAUUCAAUGCGGAUGAUUAAUGCUUCUUAAGGCACUGAGUAGGUAAUUUUUACAAUUGGGUCUUCAUUAAUGCUUCGCAUCUUUCUUCUCCAUCAUGAAAUCAAACGUGGAACUCUGGUAAAUCUCUUCCCUUUUUGCUCAAAGCUCUCAACUUCAUAGAUUCUGUUUGAUCAUCUGAAGAAAGGAAUCGAAUUUGGGUUUGCUUGAUUAAUGCCCGAAUCCCAAGAUCUUAUAGCUUCCUUGAUUUGGGAGGAUGAUGAUUUUGGCCCAACACCCAUUGUUACAGUUUACCUCCUCUUCAAUUGCUCGAUUGAUGGUUUGAACUCUGUUUCUUGAUACCAUUUGAUUCGGUUUCUCGAACUGACAUCAUGUGUGUUGGUCCAAGAACUCGCAAAUGUUGUCGCGUAUGUACGAAUCAUUAUGCAUUUUCUUGUGUACAUACACGAGAUCUGCGAAUCCCAUGAGCAAUCAAGAUUGUUGUUGACAUAAUAUAAGCGGAAAUCUGGAUAGGGAGUAGAAGAUAAACAUGUUUGAUUACAGAUUUUCACUUCAAUCUUGAUGGGAAACAUUCUCGAGAUUUCGAGGAGUUCUUGGUAUGGUGGAUAAACGAGGGUGAAUUCAGUGUUUGAAGCUUGAUUUGAAAAAUCCCGGAAAUGUAAAUGAGGCAAUGGUAAUGGCAAUGGGAAUCCGAUCCUUACGUAUAUCCCCGAGAAGAUUGCCCCCUAAACUCCUACUCAUAACCCUUCUUAUACUUUUCCCGAUAUGUUUGUUCGGUAUCCUCUCAAAUUACCAAACCAUUUCGUAUUUUUUCCGUCCCCUUUGGGACAAACCACCUCCGCCUUUUGAACAUAUAAUACCUCAUUACUACGCCGAGAAUGUCUCAAUGGAACAUCUAUGUAAACUCCAUGGAUGGACACUACGGUCUCAGGCAAGGCGAAUCUUCGAUGCCAUCAUCUUCAGCAACGAGCUCGACAUCCUCGAGAUCAGAUGGUCGGAACUCGAACCCUACGUGACGAAGUUUGUGAUCCUCGAGUCCAACACGACGUUCACAGGUAUCCCGAAACCUCUCUUCUUCGAUUCCAACAGGGCGAGAUUCUCGUUCGCCGAGGGCAAAAUCGUCCACGGGGUUUUCCCGGGGAGGAUACGCCCUCGAGGGAAGAACAAGGACCCGUUUGUCCUGGAAUCGCAACAACGGAUCGCCAUGAACAGAUUGCUCGGACGAGCGGGCGUACGAGACGGAGAUCUCGUCAUAAUGUCCGAUACAGACGAGAUCCCGAGCCCUCACACGGUAAAGUUCUUGAAAUGGUGCGAUGGAAUACCAAACAUAAUGCAUCUGGAACUGAAAGAUUACAUGUAUUCCUUCGAGUUUCCUGUCGAUUACAGCAGCUGGAGAGCCUCGGUUCACGUUUAUAACUCCUGGAGGACGCAAUACCGACAUUCCCGUCAAUCCGACGUCAUAUUUUCUGACGCGGGUUGGCAUUGCAGCUUCUGUUUCAGACAUCUGACAGAGUUUGUCUUCAAGAUGAAAGCCUAUAGCCAUGCGGAUAGAGUGAGGCGGAAGGGUUUUCUCGAUGUUUCGAGGAUUCAGAGACAGAUUUGCAGAGGAGACGAUCUCUUCGACAUGCUGCCGGAAGAAUACAGCUUCAAGGAACUGAUCAAGAAGAUGGGUUCGAUCCCUCAUUCGGCAUCCGCCGUUCAUCUUCCGGCGUAUUUGAUUCAGAACGCUGAUCGGUUUCGGUUUCUCCUGCCCGGAGGAUGCCUCCGAGAAGAACCUUAAAAAGGAUUCUGUCUUAUUUGGUUUUGUUGGUAGAUUUUUUUAAUGCAGUUUGUAUUGAUGGAGAAAAAAACUAUAAAUAAGGAUUUAUUUUUUGGAUUCUUAAGCCUAACAAUAACGUGAAGUUAACGUGAA